UAUAUAUAUCUGUGUAUUAGGAGGGGUGUGUAUAUAUAUCUGUGUAUUAGGAGGGGUGUGUAUAUAUAUCUGUGUAUUAGGAGGGUGUGUAUAUAUAUCUGUGUAUUAGGAGGGUGUGUGUAUAUAUAUCUGUGUAUUAGGAGGGGGGGUGUAUAUAUAUCUGUGUAUUAGGAGGGGGUGUGUAUAUAUAUAUCUGUGUAUUAGGAGGGGUGUGUAUAUAUAUCUGUGUAUUAGGAGGGGUGUGUAUAUAUAUCUGUAUUAGGAGGGUGUGUAUAUAUAUAUCUGUGUAUUAGGAGGGGGUGUGUAUAUAUAUCUGUGUAUUAGGAGGGGGGGUGUAUAUAUAUCUGUGUAUUAGGAGGGGGUGUGUAUAUAUAUAUCUGUGUAUUAGGAGGGGUGUGUAUAUAUAUCUGUGUAUUAGGAGGGGUGUGUAUAUAUAUCUGUAUUAGGAGGGUGUGUAUAUAUAUAUCUGUGUAUUAGGAGGGGGUGUGUAUAUAUAUCUGUGUAUUAGGAGGGGGGGUGUAUAUAUAUCUGUGUAUUAGGAGGGUGUGUGUAUAUAUAUCUGUGUAUUAGGAGGGGGGGGUGUAUAUAUAUCUGUGUAUUAGGAGGGUGUGUAUAUAUAUCUGUGUAUUAGGAGGGGGGGUGUAUAUAUAUCUGUAUAUUCGCAGUAGGAGGUCCUGGCAGGUGUUUUGCCCUCCCUCUCCCCCUCUCUCUGUAAUUUUGGAUAAUGCAAGCUUUGCUCUCCCUCCAGCGGCCUGCGAUCCCCCGGGUGCUGUCUUGCCGCUCUAUGGCCGUGUCCCUGCAGGUGUCCCCCGGCCGCUGUGUGUACGAUGAGCCGCUGGCGGUCCGGGCUGAGGGCCUGGAGCCGGGGCAGGCGGUCACCCUGCACACCCAGCUCACCGAUGAGGGCGGCGAGACGUUCAGCUCCCGGGGCCGGUACCGGGCGGGCAGCCGCGGGGAGCUGGAUCUCACACAGUCCCCGGCCCUGGAGGGGGGCAGCUACACCGGCCUGGAGCCCGAGGGGCCCCUGUGGGCGCUGGAGCCCCGCACUCCACACAGGAGGUUCCUGAGGAAGGACGUGCAGAGCCCGCAGCGGGUGGACUUCAGCCUCUACCGGGACCACGAGCCCCUGGGCAAGCUGCUGGCCACCGCCACCCAGGACAGGACCUUCAUGGGGGAAGGAGUGAGCAGGCACCCCGUGAGGGAGGGCAGGGUGAGGGGCAGCCUCUUCUUACCACCAGGUGAGUGGGGGGAGGAGGGAUUGUGGGAGUUGUAGUCCUGCACACCCUGGAGAACACUGACACCUCUCAGAUCCUUCUGAAACUACCAUUUUCACAAUCCUCACCCAGCCUCAUGCACCCCAGAAGGACAGUUUAAUUUCUGUUUGAGACAUUUUUAGGUAACUUGCUAAUAACUUUUUAUUAUUAUUACUAAUCUCUAAAUGAUUGAUUUCUACCCACAUUUAUUGUGGUUUAAAGUCACAUUACAGUGAGAGUAUUAUUGCUGUGGAGCUCUGUUAUCCACUCAGUCACACCAAGAAUAUGGAGCUCCUAGAAAAUUGGGAUUUGGGUACAAAAUAGGGACUGUGCCUCCUAAAUAGGGACACUUGGGAGGUGUGCAGUCUUUAGGUUUGCUGAGCACCAUAGGACAUGUGCACUAUUUAUACAGAUUGUGUGUAUGUUGUUCUUUGAUAAUAGUGGCUGGUUUUCUAUAUAUCAAUUGACCUUUCGUUAGAAGUGUGCUAUAUUUCGUGUGUCAAGUAGAUCAGUAUGGUCAUGAUUUCUGUCUCCAGGAGUUGGACCUUUCCCGGGCAUUAUUGAAAUUCAAGGGACAGGUGGAGGUCUUCUCGAAUACAAGGCUAGCCUCCUGGCUAACAAAGGUUUUGCGACCCUUGCUCUGGCGUAUUAUAACUAUGAAGAUCUUCCAAAAGAAAUGAAUGUGUUUAAUUUGGAGUACUUUGAAGAAGCUGUAAACUACAUGCUGCAACACCCCAAGGUGGGUUUUAAAAUAGCAAUUAGUUUUAAAGGGACACUUUAGGCACCAGAAACACUACGGCACAUUGAUGUUGAUGGGAAUACGUUUGGCCAGUGUACAAAUGCCAAAAUAAAUGUUAAAGGGACACUACAGUUACCAAAACAACUUUAGCUUAAUGAAGCUGUGAACUAGACCGUAAAAAGUGUGAUAAUGUUAUUUCAAAACUGUUAACUGCUGCUGUGCAUUUCACUGUAACUUAUAUGUGAGUAGUCAAUUAUUUAAAUCUUAUUCAAAUAGCAGAACUCAGUACUUAAAGGGUGCAAGAGCCGCGCGCGCAUUCAAACAGUCCAUAGGAAAACAUUACUCAAUGCUUUCCUAUGGACGUCAGCGUCUUCUCACUGUGAUUUCCACAGUGAGAAUCGCGGAAGCUCCUCUAGCUGUUGUCCAUGAGACAGCCACUAGAGGCUGGAUUAACCCUCACUGUAAACAUAGCAGUUUCUCUGAAACAAUUAUGUUUACAGCUGCAGGGUUAACACUAGAUGGACCUGGCACCCAGAUCACUUCAUUGAGCUAAAGUGGUCUGGGUGCCUAAAGUGGUCUUUUAAAUAAAUAAAUAAAUUAGCAUUUUAAACUUUUCUUCAGAGUAAGCUAUUUGCUUUCUUUACCUUAGAUAUGUUGUUCAUUGGUGAUUUCUGUCUCCUGUCUUUUAGGUAAAAGGCCCAGGGAUCGGUCUUAUGGGCCACUCCAAAGGUGGAGACUUGGUUGCUUCAAUGGCUUCCUUUCUGAAGGGUAUAACCGCAGCUGUUCUCGUUAAUGGCUCCAUUGCCAAUGUCGGUGCAGCCCUUAAAUACAAGGAUGUUUUAUUACCUCCCAUUGGCAUCGAUGUCAAGAAAAUGAUAUAUCCUGAGAAAGGGGUGGCUGAUAUCACCAAUAUAUUGGUCAACCCGCUAGAAGAAGGUAACCGUAAAAGCCUUAUUCCUAUUUGGAAAGCCGACUGUAAGUUUCUGUUUGUUGUCGGGCAAGAUGAUCGAAAUUGGAGAAGUGAAUUCUAUGCCCAAACAGCAUGCAGCCUGCUUGUAGAAGCCAGGAAGGAGAAACCAGAAAUUGUACUGUACCCCGAAACUGGUCAUUACAUCGAAGCACCUAAUUUCCCUCUGUGCAAAAUCUCCAUGCACAAACUUGUUGGUCUGCCAGUGGUAUGGGGUGGGCAAACCAGACAGCAUGCUAUGGCUCAGGUGGAUUCUUGGAAGAAAAUCCAGAUCUUCUUCAACAAACAUCUCAACCAGAAAAAUGCUAUGGGGAACAAAUUAUAACACUUGAUUCUAGAAGUUAAUCAUUUCCUACACUCAAUAUAUUUGAGAUAUCUUAACAUUUUUUUCUUUUCUUUUUUUAAAGAUAAAUUGUACCUUAAUGGACUGUUAAUAUAUGAGAGUAUUAAUUUAAAACCAUCGUUUGUAAGAACUUACAGGCUUAUUUACUAAACUCAAUUUUUCUCAAAUUCCAUCUGGCAAAAAUAGGCAGAUUGUGACUACGAUUGAGUUGAAUAAUUGUCCUCAAUCUGCUAUUUUUGCCUCCGUAUUACCGUUCUGAUUUCAAUCACUUGAAUUUUAGUUUAUUGAAUAACCUGUUAGUCUUUUUAUUUAGAUCUGCAAAAGGAAAAUGUAUUUGCCAGCUCAGUAUUUCAAAGUCCCGUUGCAGGACAUUUAUAGCAAUACCACUGUACUGCCACUAGGAGAGAAUGUCAGAGCUGGUCUUUAACAUAUACAACAGUUAUACAUUCAUUAUCUGUUAGUUUAAUCAUUGGCUUGAAAUAAGUUAUCCAUAAAAAUAAAAUAACCUGCUUGUCGGAAAACAAUGCACGAUUAAAGGGACAGACUUGUUUUUCACAAUUUCUUGCAUAACAUUGCUUUGUUUUUUUGUAAUUUUUGUCUCCCACUUAAAUCAAAACUUAUUGCAGUGUUAAGGUGUGUCACGAAUCUCAUUAAAAGAACACUCAACACACACAGCACUUCAGCUUGCUGUCAUUUCAUGACUGUUUAUAAAAGUGAAGUUUUUCAUUAGAAAUUGUUACCUCUAUUUUAGGACAUAGACACCUCCCUGGCUGUCAAUCAGAAAUCCAAAGAUUUGUCUCAUCAAAUGUUGGCUCCACAGAAGCCUCUUGUUGGAGUAUACCAGUAUAUUAGAAGUCUGGGCUGGGGAAAGAGGGGAGAGGGGGGAGGGCUUGCAGAGGCUGCAGACUACAGGUCCGCAGCUUUUGUAAGCUGUUCUUUCAUAUACCACCGCUGCUCCCUGGCCUUUCAUUGGGUAUAACCUGCAAAGCACGAGGACGUCCAGUGCCUUCAAAUUCCCCAUUGGAAAGCUUUGAUUCAAUGCUUUUCUGUGGGGAAGGCUUAAUACGCACAGCGCUCACUACACAUUAGGUUCCCCUAAUCGCUGACAUCAGGGGAGGCGAAGAGGAAUCCAGUGCUAAGGGACCUUGACGCCGGAGUCAGGUAAUUUGUUGAAGCGGGUUAUUUAACCCUUUAUAUUCCUGGAGGGGCAAUGGGAUACUGUAGUGUUCCUUUAAAUGUUAAAUUCUGUCAUUGAUCAGUUUUUCUUCAGACUUGAGGAAAACUCUGAAAAGCUCAUUUAACAAAAAUAUUUUGCUACUCCAAAUAAAAAUGUAUCAUUGCAUACCGCAAUAUUUUGGCAUAUUUUACAUAUGCACACCUUCAAAACCCUGGUGUAUAUGGGUGCCCCAGUGUGUUCUUGGCUUGUCUAACAUAAUUUUGUAAAGUUCCCUUUGUCCGUGUACACAAUGAGGAUUGAACAAACCUGUAUUGUAUGUCUGGUUGAACCAAGUCAGCCUGUUUUGAUACAAUUAAUAAAUAUAUGUUGAACAAAGGCCCAACCUACUAGCCAAGCCUAAAACUUACUUCUCAGCAAAAGUUGCUGUUACCAGCAUUUUGGCUUUGGUGAUAGAUUGUCAUACGACAAGUGAUCUCAGAUGUGUUCAUUAAAUGCGGAGAAUUUCCACGAUCUUUCCAUUUAGUGAAUUUAUCAAACUAGUUUGAUUUGUGUCUGUCUUCCAAAAGAUGGAUUUUAAGAAUUUUUUUGCCGUUUAAUAUGAUUAAAUGUAGAUAUUAUAUUUUUAAAAAAUGGUAAAUGCUUGAAAUUGGAAAUUUGGGCUCCCAAUGUUAAUAUCACUGUGAUUAAACACCAAAUCAAAUGCACUUACUAUGUUGUUUUUCAAUUAAAUAUAUUGUAAAUGUAAUAAAUGAAUUUAUUAAUAAAAAUUAAAUUUAUUUUACAU